UUAACUCUUAGCCUUUUAUUUAAAAUGAUGAAAAUACCCUUCGUCCUAUUUUCUAUUUUCUCGCGCCUUUUCUCUCCACAAUCACCACCAAACGGGAGAGAGAAAUGCAAUGGCUACUACUGCACAAACCUGUCUGAGCUCCCUUUUCAUUAUCCAGAUUCUCUUACUAACCUUUUCUUUUUUUUGCUCAAUUGUCUCCGCACAAGAACGCUCUUUGGUUGUUGGCGAGUCUAGUAAAUUGCAGCUCUCUCCUAGUUUGCAAGUGUUUAAGUCCCCAGGUACUAAGCCUGGCUCGUUGGUGCUCUGUGAAAGAGUUUAUAUUCAUGGAUUAUCUAGGCUCAAAAACUUACAAAAGUUUUCCCAUACGUUAAAGGUGACCAUUUCACAUUCAAGUUCAAGCCUCCGCCGGCCAAAUGUUGAGGUUUGUUUCCAUAGGAAUGCUUCCCUUGCUACGGGGAUGUGCCCUCAAGGAAAGUGGGAGAAGGUUGAUAAAGGUCCAUGGGUUCGAGCUAUGUCGCCUUUUGACCACAAGAUAUUAGAUGUAAGGAUGGCUGGUUCAUCCUUGGAAAACCUUGAACUGUCUAUUGAAGAAGAAUUCUACUUAUAUCGCGUGAUCUUCUUAAUCUUGGGCAUUGUCAUGUUGAGCGUGGCGUCUGCUUUGAGCAAGUCAUUAGCUUUUUACUACAGCAGUGCCAUGGCAAUUGGUAUCAUCCUUGUAACACUGGUGGUCCUUUUUCAGGGGAUGAAGCUUCUGCCAACUGGCCGAAAGAACUCACUUGCAAUUUUUGUCUACUCAUCUCUUGUUGGCCUGGGAUCCUUUCUUCUUCGAUACGUACCAGGAUUACUACGUUCAUUACUUGUGGAGAUUGGUAUUAGUGAAGACAUGUAUUAUCCUUUGGCUAUUUUUCUGGUGGCUUUUGUUGUUCUGGCUGGAGCAUGGAUGGGUUUCUGGGCUGUUCGUAAACUUGUCCUGACAGAAGAGGGUUCAGUUGAUAUAAGUACCUCUUAUUUUGUUGCCUGGUCCAUUCGGAUUUUGGGUGUCAUUAUGAUUCUUCAGAGUUCUUUGGAUCCGCUGCUGGCAGCUGAAGCAUUAAUAUCUGGAAUAGUGGUUUCAUCAAUACUAAGGAGAAUUUUCAGAUUGAGAUUUUUGCGUCGAAUGUGCAAGAAAUUGGUCAAAUUCAUCAGAAACAUCCAGAUGGGAUCUCAUAUUCUUCCUGAUUUAUCACCAUUUGGGAAUGCUCAUGAUGAAUAUGGAUCGAAGACGCCUGAGGACCGGCGUCAAGCCAAGCGAUUCACCCUAGCUUCUUGCAGUUCUUCUAUGCAAGGUCUUAGCAGGACACCGCAACAUCAGCUGUCAGAUUCAGAUGUUUACCCUUCAACGUUCCAUGCCACUCCAGAAAGGAGAAAAUUCUCCAAAGAUGCAUGGGAAAAGUUUACCAGAGACUCCACACAAAAAGCUGUCAAAGAACUUGUUUCCUCCCCUGAUUUCAGCAAAUGGGUUGCUGCAAAUGCAGAAAGAAUCACUGUAACUCCGAAGUCCACCAGUACUCCUAGCCAGUCACGUCGCAAGUGGCUAUUUUGGUCUUAAAAUUUAUUUGCUCUGCCAACUCAAACGGCUAGGAGGAACGGAGCUAGAAACUUCAGACACAAGACCCAUUAUGAGGUGCAACAUGUUGCUAGCCCAAGAUGCGGGAAUUACGUCUAUUUCUUUGUAGAAUUGUACAUUGAUGUCUGUAGAAUGGCUAGUUUCUGUAUCCUAGUUUUUGUAUGCUAGAUUACCUUAGAUCCUAAAAUUAAAUCAGUAGGAUCAUAGUGUCAUUCUUGCCCAGUAGGUAAUUGAAAUUUUCGAUGACGAUCACGAGUCUAUUUCUGAAUUUCAUUUGAGACUACUGCUGUUGUGUUCUCAGUUUAGUUUAAGAAGACUAGGAUCAUAAACCGUUACCCCUUCAAUUUAGACAGAAUGAUUAUGCUGUGAAAUGCUUUCACUAAUAGUCUUGAGGGGGAAAUUUUUUGUCGAACGCCUGUGAAUAAUAUCAUGAAAUUUGUUGGCAAAAA